GGUGUGCAAGUACAGUCGGCCCAGCCAGCCAGGUGCGUACGCGCUGGCGGACAUCAACACCGAGGAAGAGAGUGGCGAGGAAAUGCUUCACGCCCUGGUGGCUCACAGUACAGCCAACAAAGACACGACGCCGCCGAUAGAGCGGGAUUUGCUAUGGGAAGGCAGGAAGCUGCGAAUGAUUCUGGAUACGGGCUCCCCAGUCAGCGUAAUUCCCGAGAGCGCUUUCAAAAGACACCGUAAACGGUGGCCGGCCCUGGAAACGACCCCCCUACGCUUGUCGUGCUUCCUGGGGCCGCUGCCCGUUGUCGGCAAGAUCACCAUGAGUGUACAGUACGGACAGACGCAGGUGCGCAGCUCGUUGAUUGUGGUGAACUGCCCAGGGCCGCUGCUUUGCGGUAGGAAUACGCUGCGGGCGUUUUACGACGCAGGGGCACCGCUUCUAGAAACUGGGGCACCGCUCGGGGUGAACAUGGUGCAGGUCGGCGCAGAGGGGCAGGACCUACUGGAAGAAUUUGCAGACGUUUUCGAAGAGAAGCUGGGGUGCUGCCAGGGCCCACCAGUAAAGCUGUACAGGAAGGAAGAUGCGCGACCCCGUUUUUGUAAGGCGAGGCCGGUGCCCUACGCGCUUCGCGACAAGGUGUCGGCGGAAAUCAACCGCCUGGAGAAGGACGGCGUGCUCUCGCCGGUCAGCGUGUCGGAAUGGGCUACACCUGUUGUUCCGGUGGCAAAGAAAAACGGCGAGAUACGACUGUGCGGGGAUUUUAAGUUGACGGUAAAUCCAGCUACACACCUGGAGCGAUACCCCUUGCCUAAAAUUGACGACAUUUUUGCGGCGUUAUAUGGGGGGGAACUCUUC